AUACGGAUUACGUCACAGCCCGGAAGUAGGGACUGUUAAGAUGGCUGUGCUGCGUUGUCGGAGAGACCCGUGCGGAUUUCUGUGUCUCAUUCUGACUUAUUUUAGUGUGUUUUACGCCGAUUAUGUUGUUAUACAGUACGUACUGAUCCCAGCUUACUCUGGGAGUGUUUGGUGUUCACUUCAUGGGUCUGUCUUUAAUGUCAUAUUACUGCUGCUUCUGGCUUGUCAUUCAAAAGCAGUGUUCUCAGAUCCAGGUAUGGUUCCUCUGCCUGAGACAGCCAUUGAUUUCUCAGACUUCAGGUCUCAGUCCAGUCGUGUGAAUGACAGGGCUUGUGAAGGCUGGACUGUGUGUAGUCGUUGUGAAACAUAUCGUCCUCCUCGAGCACAUCACUGCCGAGUGUGUCAGCGCUGCAUCAGACGUAUGGACCACCACUGCCCCUGGAUUAAUAAUUGUGUUGGAGAGCUGAACCAGAAGUACUUCAUCCAGUUUCUCUUUUAUACUGGCAUGGCCAGUCUGUACUCCAUGGCUCUGGUGGUGUCGGCUUGGGUGUGGCGCAUACGCAGUGAAAGAGAUGGAGAAAAAGGAGGAGAGGAUGUUCCCAGCAAGCAUCUAAUAGUGGCACAUUACAUCAUCUUGUUAGUGGAGUCCAUUCUGUUUGGUGUUUUUGUCCUGGUGAUAUUUUAUGACCAGCUGGUGUCCAUUAUAACAGAUGAGACCCCCAUUGAGCAGAUGAGGAACAGGCUGAUGAAGGACCGAGCCAACAGCGGACAGUCAGUGCACACAACACACACCCGAAAACCUAAAGUCGCUUUACUAAGGGAGGUGUUUGGAAGAGGUCUAAUGACGGGGUCAUGUUUACAUGGUGUAGCAUCUCCUCAAUUAUUCAGUUUGAGGACAUCUGGACAUCGAGGUUAUGAGUUUCUGGACUUUUGGUGUUGAAAUGUGGUCCCAUUCUUCCCUGAUAAGGGUUUCCAGCUGCUGAAGAGUUCUUGGUCGUCUUUGACAUAUUUUUCCUUUAAUGAUGCACCGAAUGUUCUCUAUAGAAGAAAGAUCUGGACCGCAGGCAGCCUGACAUGGAGGUGGUCUCUCACAUGUGGCUCUUAAACCUUUAUAUACCUUUCAGCAUUCAGCCUUCUAACACAUGACUGUAUGUAGACCGUAUGGACUUAUGGACCCCAUAUAAAGUUUUUGAACUGAAGACUAAUAACACGCUGGGACGUGUCCCUCCUCUUUACCCCAGAAGACACGGCGUCCGUGAUUUCCAACAAGAAUGUUAAAUUUGGACUCGUCUGACCACAGAACACUUGUCCACUUAGAGACGGUGCAUUUUAAACGACCCUCAGCCCACAGGACACGGCGGCGCUUCUGGACCGUGUUCACAUACGGCUUCCUGUGUGUUAGAGCUUUAGGUGUCGUCUGCAGAUGGAAGGUGGAUUGUGUUCACUGACUGUGGUUUCUGGAAGUGUUCCUGGGUCCAUGUAGUGAUGUCAUUGACACAAUCAUGAUCCAAUGAGUGAUUCGGUGUCGUCUGAGGGCCGAACGCACACUUUAUUACACACACUUACGCAGAUUGGAGAGUCUCUGCCUCUCGAACUCAUCCCUAAUCACGUUACAGACCUGAUGUCAGUUAACUUUAUUAGUUGUUAGAACUUCUUCCAGCUGAAUCUUUUCAAACGUUCUUCCUUUUUCUGACAUUCAUUGCCCCAGUAACUAUUCUGAGACGUGUAGCAGGCAUCACAUUAGAUAUUAUGGUUGUAAAAUUUCUCUGUUUAAACAUUUAUGAUGUAUCUGUUAUUUUUGUGAAUAAUAUUGGCUCAUGUGAUUUGAAAGUCUUUUAGUUUUUAUUUUAUUUAACAGUUUCAGACUUUGGGUUGUAAAAAUUAAGGAGAGCCCUGAUAAUAUCCGUGUUUUCAGUGGGUCAGAUUAAACUGAGAUGUUGACACUUAAAUCACAGCUUGUUAGAGUUUGACCUGUGGAUGUGUUUUAACUGCUGUGUGUUUAGUUGUCAGGGGUGAAGUGUGGCUCAGAUUUCUGUACAGAAUUCACUAAUAAGACCUGAUAAAGACACAAAUAUUUCGAUAUGUUUAUGCUGAAUGUGUUUUAGGGAGGAGGUUUCGUUUAAAGGGAGAUUCUGAUCCUAUGAAUCGUACUUUUUAAUAUUAAAGUUAAAGUUGAGAACA